AUGAUCUUACCUCACAAUCUUACUAGUUCGAGCGAUGAAGACUAUUUCGGCGUGGAGUCGAUCCCUCUAACGAGCACAACAUGUACAGAAGCGGAUAACUCUGAGGGAAAGGCAUCAUAUGUGCCAGCUCAUCUACUUUCAGAACUUUUUGCAGAAAACAUAACCGCCAAGGCUCUUCGAACAGCUCAGACUGCUAUCAAAGCCCUCCCGGACUUUUUCCCAGAGUACGUCCCUCAAGAUGUCGAUCAUGAUGGAACGUAUGCUCUACGCGAGGCCGACUUCUGGACUUGCGGCUUUUUUCCCGGUACGCUGUAUACCAUCCUCGAACGAGCCAUACGAUUCCCACAAAGCCUACAGCUCCCGCCAGAAAUCAACGCUCUCCAAUUUCGCGAACAGCUUUUAACAUUGUGUCGUAUAUGGGCGGAACCAUUGUAUGGAAUGGACAAGCGUACCGACACACAUGACAUAGGAUUCAUCAUCAUGCCUGCGCUGCAGAUGGAUUGGGAAUUGUUCGGCAACCGAAGAAGCCUAGACUCGAUCGCUCAAGCAGCACGAAGCCUUGCCACUCGAUACGUACCUUCCGCAAGGGCAAUCCGGAGUUGGGAUCUACUCAAGAAGAAAGAUAUCGAGAUCCUCGACCAGCAAGACAACAUGAUUGUGAUAAUCGAUAGCAUGUGCAAUCUGGACCUUAUGUACUACGCCUCAUACCAUAUGCAAGAACCGGCUCUGGCCGAAAUGGCAACUGCGCACGCGGAGACUUUGUUGAAGUCACAUCUACGUCCUGAAAAUAUGGACUCAUCGCACAAUUCCGAAUUCCGCUAUACCGGCCAAUGGUAUUCCACUUGCCAUGUAGCAAAUAUUGACCCGAAAAGCGGCACUCUCAAGCGACGCCUAACCGCGCAAGGCUACGCUCACGAAUCGAAUUGGGCGCGCGGACAAGCAUGGGGUAUUUUAGGAUAUGCGCAGACCUAUCUAUCUACAAAAGAUCACCGCUUCCUCGAAGCGUCAUGUGGUCUCGCCGAAUACUUUCUGUACAGGUUGGAGACAGCUCCAGCUUGCAUAAUUAAGGGUCGGUAUGUGCCGCUCUGGGAUUUCGAUGCGCCUAUCGAUGACGAAAGCAACAUCAUCCGGGAUUCUUCUGCUGGUGUCAUUGCAGCCAACGGAAUGCUCAUAGUCUCACAGGCCUUGGCAGGGUUCAAUCAAGGCAUGCUUGCUUCUCGGUUCCGCCAGGCUGCUCUAGUAAUAGUGCAUGAUACACUGUCGUUUGCUUUGUCGCUUGAGAAGGCAAGCUUGGUUCGCGCAUCGGACGGUUAUAUUAGCGCCGAAGAUUCAACGCCGGGCGCUACAUUCGAAGGCCUACUGAAAUACGGUACAGCGAACAAUAACGAGCAAGCGCGUAAGAGAUACGCAAACCAUGGUCUAGUAUAUGGAGAUUAUUAUCUUGUACAAUUCGGUAAUCGCUUGAUGAGGAUGGGGCUAGUGUAG